CCUAGAAUUACAGCCGGGUCAAAUUCGUUUCGCAAAAUAAUUAGCGCAUGCUUGGCACUUCCGCCGGGUCAAAUAUGAGUCAUUAAAUGACUCCCGCCUCCUGGUGGUAGAGGGCGCUAGUGAUCCUUCUUGCGACUACCAGUACUGCAGGAGACAGGUACUGCAGAAGAAGACAACAAGCAGCAAGCAUGCAGCAAUUGUUUGCUUGCACUUUUACCAUGGAGGAUUAUAUAUCUAAAAUAAAACCGUUUUCUAAACUGGACUUUCAAUCGAAGCAGGAGGUAAUAAUUAAAGGAAUAUCUCCAGAGACUUUUAAAAUUGAAGAAAGAUGAGAAAGACUGCCUUUGAUCAGAAGCAGCUGCACAUGGACCCAUUUACAAGUAAAGUUGACGAGUGAGCCACCGGUCGUCAUGGGCAACAUCUUUGGAAACCUGUUAAAGAGCCUGAUAGGCAAAAAAGAGAUGAGGAUCCUCAUGGUGGGGCUCGACGCUGCUGGGAAAACCACCAUUCUUUACAAGCUGAAGCUGGGCGAGAUUGUCACUACCAUCCCCACAAUUGGUUUCAAUGUUGAGACGGUGGAGUACAAGAACAUCAGCUUCACUGUGUGGGAUGUGGGCGGCCAGGACAAAAUUCGUCCCUUGUGGAGACACUACUUCCAAAACACUCAGGGUUUGAUUUUUGUGGUGGACAGCAACGACCGUGAACGUGUGAACGAAGCCCGAGAGGAACUCAUGAGGAUGCUGGCUGAGGACGAGCUGCGGGAUGCCGUUCUUCUCGUCUUUGCCAACAAGCAGGACCUGCCCAACGCCAUGAACGCAGCAGAGAUCACCGACAAACUGGGCCUGCACUCCCUGCGCCACCGCCACUGGUACAUUCAGGCCACCUGCGCCACCAGCGGCGACGGCCUCUAUGAGGGCUUGGACUGGCUGGCCAAUCAGCUGAAGAACAAAAAGUGAAGGGCGGGGCUUAGAGAGCGGGGAAAAGUCUGGUUGCCAGCUCCAAGUAUGUGGAUUCUUUCAUGGAGAGGCGGUGCUGAAAAGCUCCUUGCAGGUGACUCAACAUCCCCUAUCUUAUUCUUUUACUGGAUUAUUUAUUGAUUUGCUUGGAUCUGCAGUGAGAGUUUGGGAAUGUAACCUAAAUGUCUUGCAUUCUAUACACUGGAUACAUAAUUAUGGGGAUGAACAAUGUAAUUCUGCUGUAAAGUGACAUGUAUUAUCCCUCCUUUGCCGUGUCUAUAAUGCUUUCAGGGUCUAAAACGUGUGGUGGCGGGAUGAUAACUGUCCUUUCCUUUUCCAUGUAAAUAAGUGUCAUAAUAGUAUAGCCGCAGUAUCUUUGCUAUUUCAGAUUGUAAAAGGUCACAUAUUCAUUGUCAUUUGUCCAAACAAAUGUUAUAUAGUAGGGAAGGAAUUCCUACGGCCUCAUCCCUGGGUGGAUCUCGUGUGAGAGGAAGGUGGGGGGUUGCGAUCAUCAUUUUGCUAUUUAGUCUACAUAGCAACUGGCGCUCUGGUCAAAGUUGGAAUUGCCACAAAACACAUUUUAAGAUAUUUACCACUCUACUGCCGCCUGCCGGCUAAAGUGUGUAGUGCGCCCCUCCCCCCAAUUUGUCACGUUUCACGCGUCAGGUAAAUCGCGACAAAUGGGGCCAAAUGAAUCCCCUUCCUAUUGUACAAAAUAAUGUACAACAGAGUAAAGUGCAUAUUUUGCUUAAAGUAUCCAUUUAGAUUUUUUACAAAAAUAUUUAUGAUUGUAUUUAAUUUAUCCAUGUUCAUUUAUUCUGUUAAGUGCAACAUUUAUUUGCCGAUGGAGCCAAAUAAGCAAAGAGGCUUUCAAACUAACUGACAAUGCUUUUCAUCCUGUACACCAAGGCUGGCUUGCACUACUGCUGUAUAUAAGAUGUGUACUGCAGACUACAUCUUGCUAUUGGCCAACUUAGCCACUGGUGAGCAAGAGAAGGCUAUUUAGUUUCUAAUGUUCAACUCCAUGGUGCAUCAUAUCUGUCAAUGCAAUGGUUGCUACCAUGAUGCACAAUAUAACACAUUAUUGUUGUCCAACAGGUUAUUUUCUGAUGGAUGGAGUAAUUUGUGAACAAGAGCAUUUUUUUAAUGUUGAUGUUUUAACAAAAUGAGGCAAGCGAAUGCAUCAAAGGCAUGUUAAUAUUGUACAAGAUCUGUAAUAAAAUUAAUCCUAUAGCCUUGUU